AAGAACAUACGAACCAGACACAGAUAUGAACAACAAUACUGAUCCAAACAGCAUCAAGGAAAUACCUCCACCUCUCAGCAAACCUGUACCUACUCCUAUUACUGAGGGUCAAUACACAUUUGUAUAUUUUGACUUAGAAACUACUGGUUUAGGUGACGAUUGUGAAAUAACACAGAUCGGGGCCUCUGUCAAUGAUGAUGUGUUUUGUCAGUAUGUUUUGCCAUUGACUCAACCAAUUUCUGCUUCUGCCACAGCUGUGUCUGGUAUUGCUACACAGAAUGGUUGCAUGUACAAAAAUGGACAUGAAGUUCAGUGUAUGAGGACACCAGAUGCAGUGAACAAUUUUAUACACUGGCUUGGAAAAUUUGGGAAAGUAUUGCUUGUGGCUCAUAAUGCCAAGUUUGACUCUAGAGUUCUAGUGCAUGUGUCGAGUUCCAUCGGUAUUAGUGCGUCAGAACACAUAAGUGGGUUUGUGGACACAUUAUCUCUAUUUAGAGAACUUUACCCAGGCCGCAAGAGUUAUAAACAAGUGGACUUGCUGAAGGACCUGUGUGUGACUCAUUAUGAUGCUCAUGAUGCCAAAUCUGAUGCCUUGGCCUUACAAACUCUUUUAUUGUCUUUGUCAGUUUCAUGUCAGAUUAUGAUGAAGCAUAGUUUUUCUACAGAAUUUGUUGUAAAUAAUUUGAAUUUUUUGAUGAUGAAAAUGAGAAACAUGCAAUCAUUGCAAAAUCUUAUUGAUAAUAAGAUUUUAUCCAAGUUUACUGUAAACAAAAUUGCUGAAACAGGUCUUCAUUUCCAGCACAUUUUAUUAGCUUACCAGAGAGACAAAGAAAACGGGGUAAGAUCUCUGCUAUCAGAAAAAACAGGAGGAAAACCAAGAGUGACAGGAAAUUCAAAAAUUAUUCAGUCUCUUCAGAAUCAUUUUAUGAAUAUGAAAACAUAAAUGCAUGUACAACAACUUUCAGUGCUUUCUGUUGUAUG